GGGACUGACAUGGAUUUCUUCCAGUUGCCAGAGAGAAUCAUCAAGAACAGCUCCACUGCAUCAGCUGGAGAGAGCAAACAGCAGGACAGCUCACCAGCUGCCAGGGAGAAGAGCCAGACUCCUCCUGAUUUCAACAAUGUCUAUGGCAAGGAUCUGCUCCCUGCACUAGGAGGUGAGGAUGUGACAAGAGGCUUUUUGCAGGAGCUGCUUCACAUCCUGUUGGGUUACAUCUGCAAGUCAAGUCAGAGGAGCUCCAAGGUCCUGGACUUCCACCAUCCCCACCAGCUGAAGGAGGGACUGGAGGGCUUCAGUCUGGACCUGCCUGACCAACCAGAGACUCUGGAGCAGAUACUGGUUGACUGCAGGGACACACUCAAGUAUGGCGUCAAAACAGCCCAUCCUCGCUUCUUCAACCAGCUGUCUUCUGGUCUGGAUUUGAUUGGCUUAGCCGGCGAAUGGUUGACCUCUACAGCCAAUACUAACAUGUUUACAUAUGAAGUGUCGCCCGUGUUCAUUCUCAUGGAGGAGAUUCUACUGAGGAAGAUGCAAAGCAUUGUGGGAUGGUCUGAGGAUGAAGGGGAUGGCAUUUUCUGUCCAGGUGGCACAAUAUCCAACCUGUAUAGCAUCCUGGUGGCCAGAUAUCACUUCUACCCAGAGGUGAAGACCAAAGGCAUGGCUGCUCUGCCUCAGCUGGUGCUCUUCACUUCAGAACAUGGUCACUAUUCAGUGAAGAAAUCUGCAGCGGUGCUGGGAAUCGGCAGUGAGAAUGUGGUGGUGGUGAAAUGUGAUGAAAGAGGAAAGAUGAUUCCUGAUGAACUCGAGUCUUCCAUCAUUGCAGCCAAAGCAAUGGGUUUGGCUCCAUUCUAUGUGAAUGCAACAGCGGGCACCACAGUGUAUGGAGCCUUCGACCCUCUCAUCGCCAUUGCAGAAAUCUGCCAUAGACACACACUCUGGAUGCAUGUGGAUGCAGCUUGGGGCGGAGGCUUGCUGAUGUCAAAGAGACACAGGAUGAAACUACAGGGCAUUGAACGAGCCUGCUCUGUCACAUGGAACCCUCACAAGAUGAUGGCCGUCCCUCUGCAGUGCUCUGUCAUACUGGUCAAAAAGAAAGGUCUCUUACAGGAAUGCAACCAGCAAGGUGCCGAGUAUCUUUUCCAGAUGGACAAACCCUAUGACGUGUCCUAUGAUACCGGAGACAAGAGCAUCCAGUGUGGCCGACACGUAGAUGCCUUCAAACUUUGGCUCAUGUGGAAGGCAAAGGGCUCAGAGGGCUUUGGAUCACAGGUCAAUAAGUGUUUAGAAAACGCUGAGUAUCUGUACGAUCAGCUCCGGAGGAGGACAGACUUUGAGUUGGUCUUAUCAAGCAAACCGGAGCACAGUAAUGUGUGCUUCUGGUACAUCCCCCCAAGUCUGAGAAACGUGCCGCCUGGCCCUGACAGAAACUCAAGACUCCAUCAGGUGGCUCCCCAGAUCAAGGCCAGAAUGAUGGAGACAGGAACGGUCCUGAUCGGCUACCAGCCUUUGGGGUCAAAGGUCAACUUCUUCAGGUGUGUGUUCUCCAAUCCGGCCACACAACAAGAGGACAUUGACUUCCUGUUGGAGGAGAUUGCUCGUCUGGGAAGUGACUUGUAACAUAUGAACUAGUGACAGAGACAGGAAACAAACAAGACAGUUGCUACUUCUGUCAUCAGCUGGACAAAUAACCAGGGAAUUAAGUGAAUG